AUGUCGUUUGGUGGAAUCAAUACAUUUCAACAGUAUAACACAGAUUUAGGGCUCGGCCAUAAUGGUGUUAGAAUAUCCUUAAACUACUUUGAUGGUUUGCCGGAUCCAAGUCUUUUAAACUCCUUGUACUCGAACGAGCUGAAACUCAUUUUCAAAUCUCUUCUGAAAAGAGAUGAAACUACAAAAGAAAAAGCUUUAAUGGAUCUUUCCAAUUUGAUCAGCGACUUUAACCAGAAUGAGUACUUUUUCAAUGACAUUUUUCUUCUUUGUUGGUCGCAGAUAUAUGCUAAACUGAUAAUUAGUGAUUACAAGGUCAUCAGACUGCAAUCACAUCAAAUUACUAUAAUGCUUGUCAAAAGCCUUCGGAAGAAAAUAUCGAAGUUUUUAAAGGAUUUUAUACCUUUGAUACUUCUCGGUACAUGCGAACUCGAUUAUAGUGUUUCCAAACCUUCUCUUAAUGAAUUAACAGAGUGUUUCAACAAAGACCCAGCAAAAAUUAACGCCUUAUGGGCUGUUUUUCAAGAACAACUAUUGAAUUUAGUAAAGGAGAUUGUUGUAAACGAGAAUGAAGAUACCAUUUCUGAUGAACGUUACUCCAGUAAAGAAGAAUCUGAGUUUAGAUACCACAGAGUUAUAGCAAGUGCCGUAUUGCUGCUGAUUAAGCUUUUUGUUCAUAACAAAGACGUCUCAGAACGUAAUUCUUCCAGUCUUAAGGUGAUUCUUUCUGAUGAGUCAAUCUGGAAACUACUUAACUUAAAAAAUGGGCAAAAUACAAAUGCCUACGAAACAGUUCUUCGAUUGAUUGAUGUUCUUUAUACAAGAGGUUACAUGCCUUCCCACAAAAAUAUAAUGAAGUUAGCGGUGAAAAAACUAUUGAAAUCGUUGACUCAUAUUACGUCAAAGAAUAUUCUAAAAGUAUGCCCUGUUCUCCCAUCAAUACUGAACCUUUUAGCUACCUUGGAUGACUAUGAAGAUGGGACAAUAUGGUCAUACGAUAAAUCUUCUAAAGAAAAAGUACUCAAAUUUUUAUCGGUUUCCCGUACUUCACCAUCGCCAGGAUUUUUCAAUGCUGUGUUUGCAUUGUACAGCUCGACUAAAAGACACAGUUUUCUUGAUUAUUAUCUUGAAUGGCUUCCAUUUUGGCAAAAAUCGGUGCAAAGACUGAAUGAAAAGGGCUUUUCUGCGAGAAACAGCGCUGAGGUUCUUAAUGAGUUUUGGACAAAUUUUUUGAAGUUCGCUGAGGAUUCAUCAGAAGAAAGAGUGAAAAAAAUGGUGGAAAGUGAGAUUUUUAACUCUCUGUCUUGCGGGAAAUCUUUAUCUGAGUACACAAAACUGAACCAGACUCUUAGUGGCGUCUUUCCACCCGAUAAAUGGGAGAGAGAGAUUGAAGAUUACUUCACUUCAGACGAAGACAUAAGAAAAAUAAAGGUGAGCUUUGAGAAGAAUCUUUUUGCUUUAUUGGUUACUUCUCCUAAUAACGAAUCCGCAAUUAGUCGUUUAUUCGAUUUUUUUGUGCAAUUAAUCGAAACAGAUCCCUCAAAUGUUUUCAACAAAUACGACGGUGUAUAUGAUGCUCUCAAUUACUUUUUAGAUUCAGAUAUGAUUUUCUUGAAUGGGAAGAUAGGGAAAUUUAUAAACGAAAUUCCAACGUUGGUCCAAGAAUCAACAUAUCAAAACUUUGCUGGUAUCAUGGCACAGUACUCAAACUCCAAAUUUUUCAAAAUGAAUACUGACGCGAUUACUUCGUUGGAAGACUUUUUUAUCGUUGCGCUUUCUUUUAACUUACCAAAGACAAUAAUUUUAGCCACAAUGAAUGAGUUGGACAAUGAUAUUUAUCAACAAUUAAUGAAAUCAGAUUCCCUAGAAUUAGAAUUGUACAUUGAAGACUUUAUGAAAAAUUAUAAGUUUGACGACAGUGGGGAAAUAUUUAAAGGUAAUAAUAAAUUUUUAAAUCAAAGGACUAUCACCACACUUUACCGAAGCGCAGUUGCCAAUGGCCAAGUUGAACAAUUUUGUGCUGUUUUGUCUAAAUUAGAUGAAACUUUUUUUUCAACGUUAUUGCUGAAUACCGAUUUUCUUUCUUGUGCAUUGUAUGAAGUUUCAGAAGACACUAAUGAGAAACUAUUCAAGUUGUCAUUACAGUUGGCUAAAGGGAAUUCUGAAAUCGCUAAUAAGUUGGCCCAAGUGAUUUUGCAACAUGCUCAGGUUUAUUUCAGCCCCGGGGCAAAAGAAAAAUAUGUCACACACGCCGUGGAGCUAAUUAAUGGCUGCAACGAUACUUCUCAGAUUUUUUUUCCCGCUAACGCAAUCGAAGUUUUUGCCAGAUAUAUGCCAGCAAUUGAUUAUAGGUCAUCCUUAGUGAGCAGCUUAAGUACUAACACGCAUUUGCUCCUUACAGAUGAUAAGCCUAUCAAUUUAAAAAAUAUGCAAAAGCUCAUCAGGUAUGCUCUAUUCUUAGAUGCCCUACUUGAUGCUCUUCCAGAGCGCGUUAAUAACCAUAUUGUUGCAUUUAUAACUGUAGUUUCUGAGCUCGUCACUGAUUAUAAUUGCCUUUCAGAGGAACCAAAUGAUCUUUACUAUGAUUUUGGGCAUACCUUUUUCAAACAUGGCAAAGUAAAUUUGAACUUUUCUGAUAUUGUUGGAAACGUUAUUCAGCCUGCUAAUGGUGGUGAUGCUAUGCUUACUUUUGAUAUUGCUGAAAGUAAUUCUGUCUACUUUUUUUAUUAUUCAAGAGUAUUAUAUAAGGUUCUAUUGAACAGCAUUGAUACUGUUUCAUCCACCACAUUAAAUGGGCUAUUAGCAUCGGUUGAAAGUUUUGUCACGAAAACUGUGAGGGAUCAAAAAUCUACUGAUAAAGAUUAUCUCCUAUGUGCUAUAUUACUAUUGAUGUUUAACAGGUCCAACUCAAAAGAUGAGAUAACGAAAUUAAGGACAUUGCUGGCAUCUCAAUUGAUUGGGAUUAGAGAAGUAGAACUUGUCGAUCAAGAAUUCAAGUCGUUAGCUCUUUUAAAUAAUCUGCUGGAUAUCCCACAGGCAGAUAAACAGUUUGUUCCUAUAGCACCGCAGAGACUGAACAUGAUAUUCCGUUCAAUACUAAAAUGGUUGGAUAGUGAUCUUGCCUACGAGCCUAGCUUUAGCACCGUUAGAUUGUUACUACUAGAUUUUUUCACCAAACUGAUGAGGUUUGAAGGAGUCAGAGAUAUGGGCAUAACAGCUUUUGAACUUUCGGAAAGGUUGCUGGCAGACUCUCUAUCGAUGUGUCAAAUUGAUGACACUUUAUAUUUGUUAGAACUUCGCUCUUCCUGUUUGAACUUAUAUGAAACAUUGUCGCAAGGCGUUUCCAAAAAUGGCGAGGAAAUCUCAGAAUAUGGUGAUGAAAUUCAAGAAAAUUUGAUUGAACUGAUGUUUCUCAACUUUAAUCAAGAAAGAAAUAACCAAGUAUCCACACUCUUCUACCAGAAAUUGUACAAGGUCAUUUCCUCAAUGGAACUCAAAAAGUUAGAAUCUCAAUACAAAAGAAUAUUCGAGGUUGUAUUGAAUGAUAAGGAUAUCGGUAGUAAUAUUAAUCAAUCAAGAUUAUUAACUACUUUGUUGGGUUCUUUGGUGGUAAAAACACAGCAGGAUAUUAUAAUUGAGUAUGAACUGAGGAUUCAAAAACAAACUGGCUCAGACGUAGAUGGUAGUGCAUCUGAUAAUGAUGUAAACUCAAAAUUUAAACUACCUCAAAAAUUAUUACAAAAAGUUACUGAUGAGGUGCCAAAAGAAUACCUUGAAUACGAGAAUAAAAAUUCAUUUAUUAAAUAUCUAUGGUAUUGGCACUUGAUACUGAUGUACUUCAAAGAUACGUCUUAUAAUAUGAGACAAAUAUUUAUUGAACAAUUAAAGGAAGCUGGUUUAAUCAAUAGAAUGUUUGAUUUCAUAACAGAUCAAAUAGAUUUAAGAGAUACUGAGUUUUGGAAACAGGUCGACACCAAGGAAAUUUCGGAAUACAACAUUGUCGGCAAUAAUUUCUCUCCUUAUAAAGAAGACAUAUUUGAAGAAUGUAAAAAACUUUUGGGCCAUACACUUUAUCAGUUGUUUAACAACGUCGGUUGUCUAACGAGUAUUUGGUGGUUAAAUAUAAAAGAUAGGACAUUACAAAAUGAUAUUGAAAAGUUUGUCUCAGAGUUCAUCUCCCCAAUUUUGAUCAAAAAUGAAUUUGACGAUAUCAAUUCUAAGAUGGACCGCCUGACUUCUAAUGAUGAUGCUUUGACUAUUAAAUUAAAUAAUAUUACUAAUGAAGUGAAGGCAAGCUAUUUGAUUGACGACCAAAAGUUGGAGAUUUCCUUCAAACUACCAAAAAACUACCCUUUAACAAAUAUCCAAGUUAAUGGCGUCUCUAGAGUUGGUAUAAGUGAACAAAAAUGGAAACAAUGGAUAAUGUCUACACAACAUGUAAUUACAGGCAUGAAUGGAUCCGUUUUGGAUUCGUUGGAGUUGUUUACUAAAAAUGUGCACUUACAAUUUUCUGGUUUCGAGGAAUGUGCCAUAUGUUACUCUAUACUACAUGCCGUGGAUAGGAAACUACCUUCGAAGACAUGUCCGACUUGUAAAAAUAAGUUCCACGGAGCAUGUCUUUACAAGUGGUUUCGAUCAUCGGGUAACAAUACAUGUCCAUUAUGCCGUAGUGAAAUUCCAUUUAGAAGGUAG